AUCAUCAUCACCUUAGAUGUCAAAAUGUAUUAUAAUUUUCUUGUUUAAUUUAACUAAUAUUUUUAGUUAUUAUUUUAUUAAUUUUAUUGUUUUUAAUAUGUAGUUUCGUUUCAAUAUUUUUUAAACAUAUCACUGUUAAAAUGUUCAGUUUAUGUAUCAUACUUUAGAAUUUAAUGUUUUAGAAUGUCUAAGGAUACUGAUGCAUCUUCGUCUAAAAAAGACGAAAAUGACGACUCCUUAACCUCGUAUUUAAAUGUUAAAUCUCCACUUAUUGGAAAUUUAGAAUUUGAUGUUUCUGUUCUUCCACCUCCAGUCGACCCUAGAUUCAUCGACUACGAAAUAAAAAAUGAUGUUAUAAAGUAUGAAAUGACUGGACUUGAGUUAUCUGAUCGCCUUUCUUCAUUUUCAGAUUUCACCUCGGGGUUAUCUGACCCUUUAUUGUACGGUACCAGUUUCACCGGAUGUGGAAUUGAGAAUAAUGACCUAAUGACACAUCUGGAAUCUGUUUUCUUGAGUAAACAUAAAACUAAAAUCGAUUCUAAAGACACAUAUGUAGAUUUGGUUAGAAAUGAUCUUUUGGAGACUAUGAAAUUUUUUGAUAAUUUGAAGAUGUCCUCAGUACUUGCUAAAGCCCAGGAAUCUCUACCAGGUUACUUAAAUAAUCUAGUUUCCUCAACUCAGGAAGAAGGGUUUUCUAAAAAACAGCUCAAGUUAAUGCACAGUGAAGAAAUUUCUGGAAUUCCAAGAGACCAGAAGUUAACCAUUUAUGAAUCAUGGAGCAACAUGAACUACGAAGACAGAGUCGAUGCUUACAUCUCAGCUUUUCAGAAUACUUUUGUAUCUACAGAUCAACUAGUCCAUCCAAACAACAAAUAUGCAAAAAUCCUCAAGGUGUACAAGGUGGUUCCAAAUUUGAAACUAUGGGACAAUAAAUACAUUCAAGUUGGAAUAGACGGUGUAACGGUAUCAUCAGAUUCAUCUUCUAAGCUACACUCUGAUGGUGUUUUAAGACCAUCAAAGGAAACUCAGACACACAGAUAUUUCGAAUACUAUAAAAAACAUUUCGAGAAUUCACCUGAAGAUUCCUUUCCCAGUACUAACUUCGCUAGUGAUUCAAAUGAUGCGGAUGCUAUGGAUUUAGAUGGGACUGCUGAGGUAAAAUCGGAAAAUGACGAUGUCGACGACUUAUUUGAUGAAGAAAUGGACGAGGAUGCAACUAAUGAAAUGCCGGAAAAUAAUACUGAUCAACUGCCUGACCAACAGACUGAUCAGUUUAAAGGUGAUAUGUACAAGUUUAUUCGUCAAUAUACCACACAGAAAUAUUCCAAAACUUCUGGAGCGGAAAAUUACUAUUUACUCACACUCCCCAACUCGCUUAUGAAAAAAGCUGACAUUCACAAUAAGCUCAAUUCCGAAAAUAUGGAAGAUAACUCUGAUUUAGUGGAACUUGUUCCAAUCAGAGGCCCAAAACUAGUUUUCAGUAAAGCUGGAGUCACAAAGAGGCCAGAUAUUCACAUCUUAUACACAGAAUCUUGAAGUACAUUAUUUUAAAUGAAUAUUUUAAAAAUAAUUAUACCUACCUUUUUGAUUAGUUGUAUUUUCUAUAAUUGAGAGAAUCACAUAAAAAAAAUUAAAAGAAAAAAGGUAAAAUGUUAAGAAAAGUUUGUCGAAUGAAAAGAUUUACAAUAAUUUGUAAAAUGUGUUAAUAUAUAACAAAUAAUAUCAUAGAAAUUC